UAUUUUUAUGUUGACUUUUUUAGGUGAAAUCGCUCACUUUAGUGGAAUUUGUAUUAUUUUCCUAAAUAAUUAAGACAAAAAUGUUUUUUAAACAAAUUUUCCAACUAUAACUCCUACAUGGUGUCCUAAAAAGAAGAGUUCUAAUCUGAUACUACUAUACAAAUUGCACAGUGAUAUUAAUUUUAGGUUUUUUUCAUUUCAAGUAGUCAGAAUUAUACAACAAAACAUAAUGUCUAAAACAAUAAUGCGUCCAGUAUAUGGAAGAACGUCCUCUUGUUCAUACAAAAAUCGUUUGGAGGAGAGAAAAGCUAAGGCGCAACGCAAGGAACAUGUCAGAAAAACAGAUAAACCAGAUGAUUUCAUACUCUAUGAGAACAGUGAUAGUGAGGAUGAGCUCGUUAUGUGUGAAAGUGAACUCCUAAAUACUUCAUUUAACUUUGUGGACUAUGUGAAAAGCCGUGAAAUAAAUAGAAAGUUUUAUUCCAUCAAUAGGGAGUAUGGGUCCAGGCACAUUUUAUCACAUGAAAUGUUUAGAGAAACCCCUCUUAGUUUAGGAAAUGUAAAUAAGGUGUUUUGUUCCCAGUGGUUAUCUGAUAGACAAAUAGUUUUUGGAACUAAAUGCAACAGACUCAUGGUAUAUGAUGUCACAACUCACAAAUUAGAUCACAUACCCUCGCUUCUUAGCUCUAGGGACCCCCUUAGAACUGAUAGUCAACCAAUUGGUAUCUACACUGUGGAGAUCAAUCCAUCCCACACUUUACUCGCUACUGUUUCUAGAAAUUCGUGUGAUGUUGCAGUUUAUAAGCUUCCUACAUUAGAUCCUGUAUGUGUGGGAGAAAGUGCACAUAAGGAUUACGUUUAUGAUAUGGCUUGGGUUGAUGAUGAGUUUCUAGUAUCAGGUUCAAAAGACACUAAGCUUGCUUUGUGGAGGAUAACGCCAGGUCUAGCAGACCGUAGAAUGGACAUUCCGGUGCAUUGUAGUAUAUCUGCGACUUCAACAAAACCAUGCAAAAAUUCACAGAAGAUCAGAGCCAUCUCUUACAAUAAGAUUUUCAGCGAAUUGGCAGCUCUAAGUCUGAAUGGUUAUAUACAUAUAUGGGACGCUCCAACUUUUAGGCAAAAGAUAUCGAGAAAAUUACCUUCAACGCAAGAAAAUGUGUGCUUGGCUGUGCAGAAGGGAGGGGCUGGUUUGUAUGCCGUUGGAUGCAGAUCCUACACUCUUCUUCUAGACUCUAGAACUCUGCAGUCUGUGAAAAAAGUUUCUUCAAGAUAUACGGGAUGCGGGAUAAGAUCGGCUGGAUUUCACGGAGAUAUACUCACAAUAGGAACCGGUGUUGGAAUGCUCUUAUUUUACGAUAUUAGAGCUGGAAAAUACCUCGAUUCUUGUAUAAAUUCUUCCAGGAGUGUCAUCUUGAAAGCCAGCCAAAGUACAGUCUUUCCCGAUGAAGAAUUUAAUGAACACAUACAGACGAUGAGACAGUAUCCAGCCAUAUACACGCACUGCUACGAUGCCACAGGUACUAGACUAUUCACAGCCGGGGGGCCACUGCCUUCUUCGUUAAAUGGACAUUACGCAGCGCUCUGGCAAUAAAAUUUUUAGAUAAUACCAAGAGAAUAGUACAAACCCCGAGAUUCCAGGAAAGGUUGAAUUUCCGAGUCGAAGUGCGGCGUUGUCACGUUCCGGGGAGAAAUUCCGUGACCCAGCGAGUUUGUGUGCUAGUUUCGAUAUGCCGAGUCAUUUUUAUUUAUCGAACACAAAUUUUAACGAUGUUCAUUUUUGAGUUAUGCAUUUCGUUCUCGAACGAAAGGUUGUAUUGAUGAGAUAUAUAAGAAUAUUAUUUUCUAAUUUAUUUAUUAUAUAUGUGCAAUGAUUGAAUAAAAUCAGGGGAGGCAUUCUUGAGUGCUGCCUAACUUAUAAGCG